CCCCAACGCCACGCUAAAAAAAAAAGAACUUCUCAUACACAUUUCUUUUUCCUCCAUGUAUCUCUAUCCUUUCCUCCCUCAUUUAUCUCUUUAUUUUUUUCAGUUUUUUUUUUUCUCUUUGGACUCAUUCCUUUGCAAUCGGCAUCUCAAAUCAUCGUCAUGUAUUCAUAGAAAUCUGUUUUGUAAGUUUUAACCAUUGGCAAAAACAAGAGGCCACCCCAAACAUUUGGUGGUGCGUUUUCUUGGCGAAUUGAAUGGAAGUGUAGUUGUUGUUGACGAAAACCCAGCAUUUCUAUUUUACUAUUCUUUUUAUAUAUAUAAUUUAAAAAAAGAAAAGAAAAAUCUAAUAUAGGGAGAGAGAAUUCUGUAAAUUGUCAUAAUUUGCAUUUGGUAUUUUGCUGCAAAUCUGCAGUUUUUGUUUGGCUCCUCUCUUUCUUUCUUUUCUCUCUCUGUGUCUCUGACCAGUGACCACCAUUAUUUUUUUUUCUUCUUGGUAAUGGUGGCCAACAAAGACUAGGACUAAAAAUUAACUAGUAACAAUAAUAAUAAUAUUAGUUAGUACUACUACUAUUACUACUACUACUCCAUCCAUCAUCCUACUCAUUUGCUUUACGUUUCUCCCUUUAAACUCUCUCCCUCCAACAAAACAACACCAAAUCAAAUCUCACCAAGUUUCCUUCAUAUAAAUACACACAUUUCACAGACAUCAGUUCUUCCUUUCUUCUUCCUUCUUUGUUUUUGUUUUUGGAUUUUUUUUUCCCCUCAUAUAUCUCGAGGAGGAAAGGAAAGACUUAUAUCAAAUGAAUCUUUUCUCUCUUUCUUCAUUGAAUAGUCCGCCGUGAGUUUGGGGACGGCCAUCUUCUUCUUCUCCUCCUCCCUCCUUCCUCUUUCAUGCUGUUUUUGUGUCAGCGAUUAUUAGCCCUUUUCUCCUCUCUUCCUCCUUCCUAAUUCUUUUCUUUGCUUCUUCUUCUAUAUAUUAAAACAACCCUUUUUAACUCUCCUUGCGAGCUUCUCUCAAUCAUCCUAAUAUAUUCAUUCAUUUCUUUCAUUCUUGUGUAUUUGUUUUGUUGAUGUAUAUUUGACCCCCUAAAUCACAACUCCCACCUUUUGAUUACUGUUAUUUGGAUUCACAUAUAUAUAAUAUAAGAAAAGAUAUGGCUGUCCAAGCUCAAUAUCCCUCCAAUGUUCUUCUCUUAAACAGGUUUGUUUUUUUUUUGUGGUUUUCUUUUUCCCUGCAUUCACCCCUUGAAUCCUGGCAAUCCCUCUUCCUCCCAUCCCUACCCUUUUCCAUCAAAGUUGAAUAAUUAAAAAAAUCAGUGGUAAUGCUGCUUCUCCCGUGCAGAGCUGUUCAGGAAGGAAAGAAUCAACUUUCUAAUGAUUAUACAUUACAACCUCAACACGGUGUUGGUGGUGGUGGCGCCGGUGGAGCCGGAGCUGGGAUGUCGUUUUUUGAUCAAUCAAACAUGUCAUACAAUCAUGGAGGUAAAACUUCACAUCCACCCAUCAGGACUUUUUGGUUGCCUGAUUCAAUCAAAUACAUUCUACAAUUAGGCCAUUUCCCCUGUUUCCAGUUUUAACUGAACUGGCCUUUUUUUAAUUUGAUCUCCGUCAGCAGUUGGUGGGACUAUGAAUUCAAACUCGUCUCGGAAGAGAGGGAGAGAAAUGCCAGUAACCACCGAAGGCGGCGGCGGAGGUGGAGGAGCUUCCAUCAUGAAUAGACCAUUAAUGUCAAUGGCGCCACAACAGACUCAACUGCUGGACCUCACUCAACUUCAAAACAACACCACCACCCCACAAAGGAAUGCUGUCUCUAUUGGCCUCGGCCUAACUUUCGGAGAAAACCUCCACCAACAACAACAACAGCAAUCUUUACAUCAUCAACCGCAACAUUCUUUUUCUCUUUCCCCUCAAUCCUCUGCUCAAUCAUCCGUCUUAUUGUCAAUUCUGUCCGAUGAUUUAGCAUCCCAUAUCAAGCAACAGCGCGAUGAAGUCGAACAUUUCCUCCUAGCCCAGGGAGAGCAACUCCGUCGGACAUUAGCGGAGAAGAGACAAAGGCAUUACCGGUCACUAUUAAGCGCGGCGGAGGAAUCGGUGGCUCGGAGGCUAAGAGAAAAGGAAGCAGAGGUGGAGAAAGCUUCAAGGAGGAACGCAGAGUUAGAAGCCAAAGCGGCUCAAUUAAGUAUUGAAUCUCAGGCGUGGCAACACAGGGCAAAGAUGCAAGAGCAUAUGGCGGCGAAUUUACAGGCCCAGCUUGAACGAGCUAUUAUUUCAACCGGCGGUGCCGGAGCCGCCGGAACGGGAUACAAUAACAACAAUAAUAAUAAUAAUAAUGUGGCGUCUCAGGUGCAGGAGAGGGAUGAAUGGGGCGGGAAUGAUAGUGGGGCGGUGGGCGGCGGAGAAGCGGAGGAUGCGGAAUCGGCGUACAUUGACCCGGACAGGGUGGUGGAGAAGCCGGGACCGCCGUGCAAGGCGUGCCGGAGGAGGGUGGCAUCGGUGGUGCUGCUGCCGUGUCGGCACCUGUCUCUUUGUACAGAAUGCGACGCCGUAGCUCAAGCUUGUCCACUUUGCCUCGGUUUGAGAAGCUCAAGUCUUGAGAUCUUUCUUUCCUAGAAGCUUUGCUCUCUCAGUCAGUCCAAGCCCAAACCGAAAUGCACAUUGUAGGCCCAGUUAUUGGCCCAUGUGAUUUUUUUUGGGGAUGGCCCAGCUAAUUUAGGAAAAAAAGGUUUGACGAAGGAGAGAAGAAUAAAAUGGAAAAACAAAAAAUUAGAUGGUAGAAAAACAAAUAAAGAUAUUGGGUAAAAUAAUUAUUAAGUAAAUAUUAAGCUCAUGAUUUUAUUUUUUUUUUAUUUUUUGACUUCUUUUUCCUACUUUGUACCCGCCACCCCC